AUGGCCAAAAGCGCGUUGGAGUAUAUCGAGGACUAUCCCGGCGUGACGCAAGUCAAAGCAAAAGAUGGCUUCAAGGGGGGCAACAGGCUGCAACCCAAGACUCACUUCAAAGCCAAGUUGAUUGUCGAGGGAGACCGUCGAUACGUCUUUCGCGAUAAACAGAACAGACUGAUCCAUCGCAUACCUAUGGCGAAGGGGCAUAGCUUCUUCAGCAAAUCCAGACUAUAUUCCGAAGACGUCUUCCAUGGAGUCGAUCGCCACAAUGAAGCGCGCACCUCUGUGCAAGUGACAGCCUUUCCCAGGAUCGCUGACUCGACGCAUCUGGACGAGGAAGCACUGCCCACCAGUGUUGAGGCUGCCAUCGAUAGAAAGAAGGAGCUAACAGGACUUGCCCUGAAACGCCUGAAGUCGGCGCCGGACGCGACAAAACAGAAGCGAAACCCCCUUCGAGCAGAGGAGAGGCAGUUGGGGUACAAGGAGGCAUUUCGCAAAAGAUUUGAUCCGAACAAACGAACAUUCCAACUCGAGACGCCUAGAGAUCCGGUGUUUCACAGGCAACUCCUACGAGUGAACGCGAUACUGGAGGAAAAACGUGCGUCGACAGAGGAGCUGGGCAAAGCAGCUUCCCAACAGCCGGCGAUGACCGGUGAGACUUCAGCUUCGACUGGCGAGACGACUCCUAGACUUGAGCUCUUGCAGCCAGAAAGACCUCGGGGCAAAGGAGGCAGAUUCAUUGCAAAAUCUUCAGAAGCAUCAGAAGUUGUCGGCGAUAAGGGUUCGGCUUCGACGGGCGGUAAGAGUACCAACAUACAUGUCUGGCAGCCAGAUAUAUCCCAGGGCAAGAGGGGCGGCUUUAUCGCAAAAUCCUCAGGGACACCAAAGCGGCGCAAGCUGGACGGCGCAGAUGAUUCUCGCCGUCAGCGCAAGACGCGCACUCGUCGUACUCCAACGGAUGGGGCUGCGCCUGCUCAUGUAGGCUCAGGCUCUUGGAGGCAAGUACCUGCUGCGCACGAUAUUAGACUCUGGACGUCAUCGGACCAUCACGGACAUGCAAGUGCGGGCGAAAUGAAACGAGCAAGUAUGACCGCGCAAGGCCAAGGACCACCUGCGACCCUGGAACGUGUCUCACAUUCCUCUGAUGUUGCCGCCUCACCAAAUCACGAAAGCAACCCAGUGAUUAGCUCGCCUUCUCCUCAAUCGUCCUACAGACCAGUCAUCACCUGGCACACCGCUUCGCCAACUCAUUCUGAUGCCAACAACGCCCAUGCAGCCGCAUCUCCGCCUCUAGCAGACGAUUUCCACUUCCCUCAUUUUGUUGGCGACUACGACGCGGACCUGGCGGCGUGGCUGCACAGCCCAUCAGCAAGUCCCAAGAGUCACGGUCACGCUGCGCACGCGGAUCCCGUCUCGUCGAGUCAUGCAUCUGCUGCAAUCAAGGCAGCUACGAGCCACAAACAAAUCGUGCCGGAGACAGCGCAGCACGAACCUGAUCCAGCUAGUACUGCGUAUCAUCACUUUUCGCCCCUCGACGACCAGUUCGAGCCUGACGAGCUGACGCACUUACUUCGGAGUCCGCCCCGGGCAUCGCUUUUGCCUCAAGACCACCAUGGACUUGCGAACGACAAUCAUCGCAUGCAUCGGGUACGUUGAGUAGGAGUCGCAUUCGAGACGAUGCUCGGCAUGAGCUCAGGCUGAUGCCAAUGUAUUCCUUGAUCACCCUAGCGAUCUGUGCAGGUAAAGUCUGUGAUGAAGAAGCGAUCUCGGCGAGAGCUACGCGAAUCACCCGCGCGGCUACAGAAAAGGGUCAUCAUCGAUUUUCACACUAUAAGCAAGCCAGAGCCUCAAUGGGCAUUGGCACAUUCGAUCAAGAAGCACUUUGAGGAAUUUCACGGUGGACAAGAGCCCAACUUGGUCAUUGUGCAGCACAACUUCUCGCCUUCUGUGGAUCCGAAACAUCCAGAACGUCCCCUUUGCUUGGUAACAGCAUACACGGCAGAAGGCGCACGGACGCUAGACAAUUGCCCAAUUGCUGCGCACCAGCCAGCGGUCAUGCCAAACGAGCACGUCGUGCAUCUCUCUGACAAAUUCUAUCACACGUACAUCAAUGAAGUGCGGCAAGGAUUCAGAAUCAAAGAGAUUGCACCUCCUACUCGACCGCGCAAGGCCGGCUAUGGAAGGCUGGUCCAGACCAACUAUCUGGAUGAGGAUGGUUUCAUCAAGCCAGAACAUGUAGGCAAAAAAAUCAUCAAACCUCGUCCAGCCAGGGGCCCUUGGACACGUGUGAGUCGCAGCACUGGUGCAUUGUGCGAGUGACGCUUUUGACAAAGUCAGACGUAACCCCCCGCACUGCAUCGCAAGCACAGGAGGCCAUGAUGAGUCGCCAAAUGCCAGGAAACCCACCAACGGCUCAAGCUCGACCCCCUCGACCAGCGACGCCGCUCGGCGAUUUUGGAGGUAAGAGAAGACGUUUUCGACCGCCUGGUGGCUUGGGAUCCCAAACGAGCAUAGGUGCUGCUACGGAGAUUGCUCGGACGGAGAUUGACAAUGCAGCGCGUGGCGCAUCCAAGAAGGAUGCCUCAUCGAGCAGAGAAAGCGUCUCGAAGCAGAAUAUUGCGCAGGAGUCCGCCACAGCGCGCAAGGUCACCGCGCCUUUGCAGGGCGGCGCUUUUCCGAGCGGGAAAAGACCUGCAGAAGUGUCGGUAGAGACGCUGAGGACGGCAUCUACAAGAUCCGUACAGCCAAUGCGCAAUCGGCCUCCGCCUGGGACAUCGCCGAUCUCAUCAUUCAGCGAAGGCGGUGAGGUAGCGCGUGCGCAAGUCCAGCACGCAGGGACCCACGAUCCGACCGACUUGACGCUGGUCAAGAAUCGGCCAGACAAGUACGCGUGGAAAGAUGUGCAUGGCUUGUCCCACAAAAGCUCUAGCUCUCGGCCCGUCUCUCCGCAGACCGUCGCCUCGUCUGCCACUGUGACUGCUCCUUCUGCUCACGCAUCAGCAGCCGCAGCAGCAGCAGCGCAUCACGAUCCCUUCGACUUUACGAUGGAUGGUCAGCUAGACAGGUACACGUGGAAAGAUCUGCACGACUUGUUGCACGAUGACUCUCCGCCCUUCUCGCCCCAUCAGACCAGUGUUCAGCCGACGUCUGCGCCUUUUGCGCCUGCGAACGCGAAGCGUCAUGCCGAGCACUCGACGCAAUCCCAAACCCAAGCGCACCAUUCGAGCGCUGCUGCAGAUUGCGAUGCUGCGAUGUCUUUGCACAAGACGACUGGAGCCGGCAGUGCUGGCGAAGGAGGGCUUCUUGAUGUCGUUCAAGAAUGUGCGCACAGGCAUGGAAAAUCGUAG